AGAGAGAGAGAGAGAGAGAGAGAGAGAGAGAGAGAGAGAGAGAGAGAGAGAGAGAGUGGAGAGCGCGUGAGCUGAACGGAGCGAAUUAGGGUUUUGAAUUCCCAAUUGGAAGGAAAAGGAAGAGUGCGUGAGCGAGAUUGUGAGUUGGUGUGAGAGAGAGAGAGAGGAGAGAGGAGAGAAGAGAGAGGAGAGAGAGAGAGGUCAGAGGAGAGAAAGUGAAGGGCACUGCUCGAAUCCGCCAUUUCAACAUCUUCCAUCAGAAUGUCUGACCGAAAGCUCGUUGUUUUGGGAAUUCCAUGGGAUGUGGAAACUGAAGGAUUGAGAGAAUAUAUGAGCAAAUUUGGGGAAUUGGAGGAUUGUAUUGUGAUGAAGGAACGUUCCACUGGCCGUUCUCGUGGUUUUGGAUAUGUAACAUUUGCUACAGCGGAGGAUACAAAGGCUGCUUUAGCAAGUGAGCAUAUGCUUGGCAAUAGAAUGCUGGAAGUCAAAAUAGCCACACCAAAGGAAGAGAUGAGAACAUCAUCAAAGAAAGUGACCAGGAUUUUUGUUGCAAGGAUUCCACCAUCAGUCACUGAGGCUGUAUUCAGAAGCCAUUUCGAGAAAUACGGUGACAUAACAGAUUUGUACAUGCCAAAGGAUCCAACCACCAAAGGCCAUCGUGGAAUCGGGUUCAUCACUUUUGCAAAUUCUGAAGCAGUGGAUGAUUUGAUGGUCGACACUCACGAAUUGGGAGGUUCAACUGUUGUUGUGGACAGAGCCACGCCAAAGGAGGAAGAUUUCAGGCCAGUUAGUCGAGCACCACCCCCAAGUACUGCAGGUGGAUAUGGUGCUUAUAAUGCUUACAUCAGCGCGGCAACAAGAUACGCUGCACUUGGUGCUCCACCCAUGUUUGAUCAUUCCGGUCAUGCGGGCCCCAUGCAUGGAAGAGGGGAGGCAUCUCGUGGGAUGGGCAAAAAGAUAUUUGUGGGUAGGCUUCCUCAGGAGGCAAGUGUAGAAGAUCUUCGUCAUUAUUUUGGGAGAUUCGGCCGAAUCUUGGAUGUUUAUGUUCCUAAGGACCCGAAGAGAACUGGUCAUCGGGGAUUCGGUUUUGUGACUUUCUCUGACGAUGGUGUUGCGGAUCGUGUUGCUCGAAGAUCUCAUGAGAUAUGUGGACAACAGGUUGCAAUAGAUUCAGCUACACCAGUUGAUGAUGCUGGCGCUGGCCCAGGCCCUGGCCCUAGUGGUAAUAUAGUGAUGAAUAAUCCUGAACCUUUUGGGUAUGGUGCACCUAUGCGCGCUUAUGGCCGAAUGUAUGGCAGCCUUGAUUUUGAUGAUUGGGGUUAUGGUGUCGGUGGCAGUAUGAGUGGCGGCAGACCUACACGCCCUGAUAAUCGAUACAGGCCUUACUGAUCAUCCUUUGAAGACGAUGAAAAUUAAUACUAAUUUCGCUCCAGAUUUGCGGAUUGCUCGUCGACUUUCGGAAACAAAAUGUUUGUACUUGAAAACGACAAAAUUUUCAUUUUUAAGUUGGUAAUGUUGUUUUAUGUGAUAUUUAUGAAAACUUCUGCUAACUUAUGUAAUAGUACAAUUUGGUAUAUUCCUGCUACUUUUUGCUGCUAGAGCAGUAUCUUCCGAGUUGCGAUUGUUUGCAUAAGCUUUUGAAAACA